UAUUUUUCCUAUAUAUAUAGGUCUUCACAAGGGCGAGUGCUACAUCAGGAAUUAGGCAACAAAGAUAUAUUCAAUCGUAGCCAUGAACAUGGAAAGUGACUUCCACAUGGCCAAAGGGGAAGGAGAGACUAGCUACAUCAAUAACUCGAGGAUUCAGCAAAAAGCUUUGCUUGAGACUGAGGUGGUACUUGAGAAGGCUGUGAGAGAAGUGCGCAUGGAUCUCCACCAGCCAGUAAUGACUGCUGUUGAUUUAGGGUGCUCUUCUGGUAAGAACACACUCUUCUUCGUCUCCAAGGUGAUCAAAGUGCUAGGCCAUGAUAGUGACGAAAAAUCAAGGUGCAACCCCGUGGAGCUCCAGUUCUUUCUCAAUGGUCUACCAGGAAACAACUUCAACCAUGUCUUCCGUUCACUCGAACGGUUCAAAGAGUCCAUAACAGCAAGACAUAAAGAAAAUACACCGCUACCACCUUUCUAUAUCGCUGGGUUACCAGGCUCCUACUACACUAGGCUUUUCCCUCGCCAAAGUUGUCACCUCUUUCACUCGUCAUUUUGCCUCCAUUGGCGCUCCCGGGUUCCUGCUGGAUUAGAGGAAGGAGGAAGAGAAUACCUAAAUGAGGGAAACAUUUACAUUGCUAAGACUACGCCAGCUGGUGUUGCGGAAUUGUACCAACGACAAUUCCAGAAUGACAUGUUAUUGUUCCUCAAGUUGCGGUAUGAAGAGCUAGUGCUUGGUGGGCAAAUGGUGCUGACGUUCCUUGGGAGGAAAUAUGAGGACAUAUACAACAACGGAUAUCUGAACCAUCCAUGGGGAUUACUUGCACGAUCUCUGCAAUCUCUUGUCGAAGAUGGUCUGGUGAAGAAAGAAAAGCUUGACUCCUUCAAUCUCCCCAUUUACACGCCAUCGAUCAAUGAAGUGAAGGCCGUAAUCGGGCAAAGCGAGUUGUUCAAUGUGAGCCACAUCAAAUUGUUCGAGUCCAACUGGGAUCCUCAUGACGACUCACAAGGGGAUGAUGCACACAAUGCCAUUCAGAGCGCGAUUAACAUUGCAAAGAGCUUGAGGACGGUGUUCGGACCCCUACUUGCAAGCCAUUUCGGUGAAUCCUUGCUGUCACGACCGGAUUUUUGGGAUAUAAAUUCCCAGAAAAACGGCUUGUGUGCUCACCAGCCCCAGGAUUACUGUUAGCUGAUGAGGUACCAACUUGAUACAAGAAUUCCAAGCAAGGAACAAAAAUAUGUAGUACAAGACCAUUUAGGCCUGGGAGUACAACACUUGGUUUCUAAUGGUUGAGGGCGGAAGCGGUUGGAAACAUCU